UUUAUUUAACUUUACUCCUCUAUUCUUCCAUUAUUUAUUUAACGGCCGCAUAACUUUAUAAAAUAAACAAAUGGACCCCAUCACUCCAAAACGAAAACAAACCGUUAUAACGAAUUUUAAGUUUAAAUAUUAAACAAUCUCGUCUCUCGCGACUUUUACAUCCAGUUUAAUAGUAUAAAAGUUUCUCUCUCUCGUCUCACUACACUAGUUUCUUGGACAUCUUCUUCAACAACACAUCGAUGGAUAAAGAUAAAGGGAAUUCAAAUUCAGGCAACUAUCCGUGGUGGAAGUAUUCUCAAAACUCUAGAAGCAUGAUGGAUACGAUGAACUUUGACAAGGAUAAGGGUCUGGGCAGAGAAGAACAGGGCAUUAGCGAGCCCUUGGAAGUUUCCUUGCGUCCAAAGUAUCUAGGUUUGGGUUAUGGUUCGACGUCUUCACCUAAACCGAACGUUGUUACUCUGAAACAGAAAGAUAAAAACAACGACGCUGAACCCGACAAGAAGGAAGCUGAUGAUGACGUGGAAGAACAAGUUCGAAGAUUCAAGGACGAGGUUGCAGCACUGCCACCACCACCAGCAGCUCGAACCAACACGACUAAAGUGACUGCCCGGAAGAAGAGAAAAGCUGCUACUCCCGUCAACUUGAUCGUUAAAGCUAAGAGAAAGAAGGUUCCAGUAACGUUAGUGCCAUACAGCGACGAUGAUGAGAGUGAUGAUUAGGAUGCGUUUGCGAGAAGUUUCAGGUGCCCAUUUUUUUUAAUCCUUUUUAGCUAGGUACGUGGUACAUGUACAUAUCUCUCAAUAGGAAAACUAAGGAACGAGUGGUGAUUUGGUUCGUGAGAGGUUGAGUAUUUUUUUAUGAAACCAUGAUUUGGAUCUUUCGUCAGUCUUUAUUUAGCAUUUGUAUGCGAGUUAGAGAUGAAGGGAAAGAGUUGAUAAACUUUUAGCAUUAAGGUGGAAUUAACCAAUACAAAGAGACAUGCUUUGCUUCUUAGUCUUGCACAGCACCGGAGGUGAACUGAGGCCAUGUAAGCAAGUCCUUCAUGGUAACAGAAACGAAACGUAGAAGUAAAGUGCUUCUCUAUAAAACUUUAGAUCACAUCAUAGACUCUCUUGAAAAAACUUGUUCCGUUCCUCUAAAAACGUAUUAGUAAAGUGCAUGCUCUAUCACUUCGUUUUGUGCCUCUUAGCCACAGAUUGCAAGAGCUUGUUCCUGUAUAAACAACCUGGGAUCUGUUGAGAUUAUCGUCUUCCAUCUUCCUGUGAAGUUGUUUAGCCAUUCUUCUGUUGAUUGCUUAUACAACAUGACACUAUCUGGUUAAGUUGCUGUUCUUCUGCCUGCCUGCCGUGUUGCUCCAAAACUUUAAUAACAUAUCUGAGUCAUGAACCUCUUUUGUAUAUCAUCAACAAAAUCCUAAGUCCAGGAUGUUUAAUGAAUACAACUUUUACCUCAUAUGGAACUCUCAAGUGAUUAUUGAUGAAAGAAAUAUCAAAAUCUUUUCACCACUUGUCCUUGUUCAGAUCAAGAUUGUGAUUUUAACUGCAGCAAUUGGAGUUUAAGAAAGAUCAAAACUUUAUGGAACACAAGAGUAGAAGACAAAAACAAAAACGAAAACAAAAAUUGAGUUUAGAUGAAAACAGAAUGACAGUUUCCCCAAUGUCUUGCAUCAUCAAUGUCUAGUGUUAUGGCAGGGCUUGUGUUCCAACUUACUUACCGGAAGAUGAUGUCCACUGAGUCAAAGUUGUGAAGCUAUCUCCAGGCAAAGCGCACAGAGGCAUCGCUCAAUGUUCGGACAAAUAGUGUAACUAAUCACAGAAACAGAAGUCAGCAACAUGUUGCAAAUAUUAUUAUUCUAUGUUAUCUUCAUACACUUUGACUCAAAGAUUAAAAGCUUUCUGACUGAAUUCCAAAUUCUAUAAAAUCACACAAACAUAAGAUACCUUGAAAAUAAAGUUUUGA